AUGAAUUCAAUUCGAUUUUCUUGUAAUUCUCUCCCUUAUGAUAUAAUCUUAAAGAUCGGUUCUUCUCUUCAGGUGAUUGAUCUUUGUGCACUUAGUAGCUGUUCAAGGUUUUGGAGAAAGCUAUGUGGUUCUGAUAUCUUAUGGGAACCUCUGUUUAGAGAAAGAUGGCCCUUAUUGGUCACAUUUGAUUUUGAUGGGGACAAUACUCAUUUUCCUGAUGCACAAAUCGCAGGAACCGAUGAAAAUCCUCAGGAAUGGAGAAGAUUUUACGUGAUGCAGCACAAGGAAAUGGCAUCUAGAGCUUCCAAGGUGAUUACAGAUUUCACCCAAUGGCCUGCUACGUUGUCUCUAGAGGCCGGUGAAUAUCUACACAUGGUUGAAACCAUGAGGUCGAUGCGGUUAGGAUUUCAAGAUGUAGAGUCAUUUCUCUUCAAACCAAACUUGAGUGUGCUGCUCAACCUUAUUGGACUCAUCUACUGCAUACAACACCUGAAACCUCUGCGGGAGCAAAUCUUGGAUGCGCUAAGGCGAUGUGGAAUAUCAGAGCAGCUAGUUUGGGUGAAAUGGUUGACGUUAGGUCGAUGGUCACAAGGCAGACGAACGAGAGAUGAAACCGUUUCGCGUCAGGUUUCUCUAGUCAAUAUUGUAAUAGGGAAAGAAGAAGCGGUUCUACGAGUGCUUCAACGAGGAGUUGUUCACGAAGUUCUUCGUGUAUGUAUCUCAACCGUUGAUCUUGCUUAUACACCUUGUAGCAGUAGCUCCAUCAGAAACUAUUAA